AUGAUGAAUGGAAAUGUUCAGAUACGUUCGCUGUUAGCACAUCUUGGUCUGGUGCUAUGCUCAAUCUUGUACAUUUGCAUGGGUGCGUUUGUGUUUCAUCGCAUUGAACGACCCAACGAAAUCGCUCAGAUCCAAUUCAUUCGCACACGAUAUGCAACGCUCAAGAUGGAAUUCAUUGCGAAAUGUGCGCUGGAAAAUUUGACUCGAUUCGAUAUCGGGUACUUGUUGGACGAAUACAUCGGUAGUAUGUUCGAGUUUUUUGGUGAUCCUCAGGCCGCAGUUGUGUUUGAAGCGGAUUUCAUGGAUUACGCUACUGAUUUGGAUCAAUGGACUCCGGCGACAUCAUUUCUAUUCGCUACAACAAUAGUGAUACCAGUUGGUUAUGGUUUCGUAACGCCAACAACGAAAAUUGGUCGUUUGCUGAUCAUUUUAUACGGUAUUAUUGGUGCACCGUUAAUAUUGAUAGCUGUAAGCGAUGUCGGAAAAUUCAUCAGUUACUAUUCAACAAAAUUACUUCCGAACGUUAGUGCUUUUCUAUUCCGGCUGAGGAAUUUUUGA